AAAGUAGAUAGGCAUUUAUUUCGAAACCAACUUGUAGAUGUAACAACAUGCUUUUAGAUUUAUUAAUCUACGUGUUUUAUUUAUCGAACGGAAUAGUUCCAGAUAUCAAGUAUCAAAAUUACGAAAUUUAUUUAUUUAUUAUAGUGCUCGUCAACGAUACAAUUUUAAUCGGUGGUUUAUCGAUGGCAUUUUUCGAAUCUACAAACGUCAUGUAUAAGACUCAAAUCGGCGCCGCGAUGUGUGGAAUCUUUUAUCAACUAUGGUUUAAAAUAUUAGCACGUACGAAUAAAUCUUCCAUUUUUAACACUUCGGAUACUUUACGCGAUAAUACGAAAUUUGGUAGGACCGAUUUCGUGGCAAAAAUGUAUGCUAAACUGAAAGCGAAGUAUUUGCCAUUGAUGUGUGUAACGUUGUUUUUAAUCGUUAUCGGAUUUAACGUAUCUUUUUUACGAUUUUUAGUAGAUUCGACAGCGAUCAAUUUCAAUAAUCCGGAUUUCUACGUAGUUCCUUUUUUAUUCAAGUUUUGGUCGACUGAUACGUUCAGCGAGUAUUUAGUAGUAAUGUCGUUGCAGAUUGUUUUUUUCUGCCCCGAAAUCGUGGCUUACUUGAGUUCCAUUGUUUACGUAUGUUUUAUACUGGCAAGUCUUGAAGUACACGUCGAAGAAAUGGCUGUUAUUAUAAAUCAUACCUUCGAUACGGAAAAUUAUUUAUCGAAGGAUGCGACGAUGCAACGAUAUAAUCGUAACGAAACGAUCGAUCUUUAUCGUAAAGUUAAAAGGUUAAUCCGAUAUCAACAAUUCCUUUACAGAUACGUGAACGAUGUAAUUGGAAUGGGAAAAUUGAUUUUCAACUCGAUGCUCUCGAUGGUCAUACUCAGCUUUAUUCUUCUAGUUCUUUCAAUUCAGGUUGCCGUUGAUAUGCUGGCCAAAUUAAAAAUCGUAUUCGUUGUAAUUACAUUCAUGAUGGUGUACUUCAUAUUGUGUUAUUUGGGAGAAACAAUACGCCAAAUGAAUCAUUCUAUACAAUCUGCUCUGUACGAUGCUCCAUGGUAUAGUUUAACGCCACAUCUGCGUAAAUACUUAUUCAUGUUGAUGAAUCAAACGCAAUCCGAGUUACACGUUAAGCUCGUCGAUAUGUAUACGAUUGAUUUGGACUUUUAUGCCAGUACGAUGAAAAUAGUGUACUCUGCGACUAAUUUUAUACUGCUUCAUCACAAAUUAUAAAGAAAUGGCAUCAGACAACAAUUUUGGUGAAAAUACAUUGAUAUAAAGUGUCAUAAAUAUGUACCUUCCUCUGAUUGGUCGAAAUUAAGUAAGUUUGAGUUUCACGUCGCUAAAUGAAAACGAAAGCGGUUUUUGAUUCGAAUGCUGCAAAAAUAGAAAAUUCAAUAUUAGGUCACAAUUUUUAUGACUUACCUAUUGGGUAUGACCUAUUUGAAAAACUGCGGUCUUAUUAAUUCAUAUUAUUUUGAAAAGACCAGUUUGGAUGUAUUUUCUUUACAACCCGAAUACUCAUUUCUGAUUGGUCAAAAGGAUAGAAAUCCGGUUUUGCGGCAUCUCUCAACCGUAAAAUACUAAACGCUUCUUUCUUUACAUUUCUACGAUGAAAAUCGUUCAACUAUACCUGAAAGAUCUCAAUAGACGAUAAUUUUUCAACUUUCAAACUGUUUAUUUCAUUCCAAAAACGGAAUAUUUCAAACGAAUGUCGCAUGAAUAGAUGACACAAAUCCUGAUUUGUGAUUGGUCAGAAUAGUGAAGAACUUAUUGAACAGUUUUCCUCGGUUUUGAGAAAAUUUGUUGUGAAACUUUUUCAACAUUUCUCUAAAAUACAUACUCGUAUAGGCCCAAGAUUUCAAAUUCUCAAGUAUUUUUUUCAACGGUAUUCUUCAUGAAGUCACCGGUUACGUCGUUUCUCAGAUGUCAAACAAGUGAAAACCAAGUGUACAGGGCGCCCAGAAAUAUUGAGUACCCCUAAAAAAGUUUUCUACUAAAAUACUUUGGUUGGUCACAGUGAAUGAUAAUAAUGACAGCACAUGAUUGGUUGUUGGACUGGAGAAAUAACAUUCCACCAAUCAUAUGCAUCUAUUUCACGUUGCCAACCUAUAUUUUUAAUGAAAAACUUUCUUAGGGGUACUCGAUAUUUCUGGGCACCCUGUACAUAUAGGUAGGUACUAUAGUUUCGUCCUAUCUACGAAAGCGAUGACAUAUUUUAUUUUAUGUAAGUAUUUGGAGUUGGACGACAUUCAAUAUUGCUGAAACAUCUUGAUGAAGUGCGAGUACGUGGACAAAAAGUAAAAACCUUAUUGAACGAUUUUUUAUCAGGUUUAAAAGUAGAUAUCAAAGUAACGUCUGCAAAAUUUUAUCCGAAUAAGAGCGCUCAAGUGUCCGAAAGAUCUUGAUAGGUAUAACGUCUAAAACUCAUAAUAGUGCAAAUAAGUCAUUAAUUUUUUCAUCAUUAUUCAUUCAGAAGGCGAAAACACACUUUUACGAAUACUCACUGUUGAUUGGUCGAAAAAUAAAAUUCUGUUUUCCUUGUUUUUUCUGAAACCCAAAUUGAGUGGCUCAUUAUUUCUCUAACACAAUUUGGUGCUAAGUUUCACUUAUUCGGAAAUCAAGUUAAUCUAUUUGUUUUUACUUUUUAUAAAUACAGUAGUACAUUACGUAUUUUACAUUUUUUUCAAAAGUGACGAGUUCUGGGGGUCUUUGAGAGAGAUAGGUAGUACAUAUUUUUUAAAAACAAGAUUGAAGCGUUCUCAUAAUGGAAGAAAAAGAGGCAU